CCUGCCUUCCGGUUUCUUCAGCUGACCCAGCUGUGUAUGUUACCUUGGAUUGAACGUUUGAAAGAUGGCAACUCAGCAGAGAGGCAGACUUCCUCCAGAGGAUGAGAAACGUUUACAGUUGAACUAUGAACUCCUUAAAAGUGAACUUGAUGGAAAAGAUUUAGUUGAUAAGAUGUUUCAGAGUGGUAUUUUCUCUGUAGAUGACAUGGAAGAAGUAAGAAAUGCCAUGCCAAAUAUACGAAGUAGGAGGAUUGAAGUCUUUCUGACUAAAUUAUUCAACUCAGGUCGCAAUGGUUAUACAGUGUUUUUGGAUGCGAUUAAAGAUGCUGGAUACAGACAUGUUGCGGAAACUCUCGUCAACACUGUUCUCGUUUCUGAAGCUGCGGAAGCGGACUGGUUUGAAAGUGUUUCCGGUGACCGCAGGACGGACAAAAUCCAGGAGAAAGAGUUAAGCAGGAUGGUGCAGGCUUUUGGCAAUGGAUGGGAAUUCAUCGCCACAGAACUUAAUUUGUCCAAAGCCCAAAUUGAACAGGCCAAAUUAUCUGCCCCGACACCUUACAUGCAGAUGUUUAAUGUGUUUUUGAAGUGGAAACAGCGCGAGGCAGGGCGAGCCACCUUCCAGGCAUUUGUGAAGGCACUGCGGGCCUGCGAGGACAAAUGCACUAUAGACUGGGACAUUGUCAAGCAUGUAGUGCUAAACUCACACUGACACAUGACACAAGAGUGCAUCCUUGGUAAUGCAGGGUAUUGUAUUUCUAUUCUGUUAUGAUUAACACCCUGCAAAUACCUGGACCUUGGUGGAUCCUCUAGUAUGCAGGACCCUAUUCCACAAAGACAUCUUAGCGUUGAGACGACAGUAACCCCUGAUAUAUUAACUUUGAUCUAUGAUAGUUUAGCUUUGUAGAUUAUGCCCCAGGGAAUUAUAUCUCGUAUCACUAACAUAGCACAGGAUUUCUGUCACUCAUGAACUUGAAAUUUACAACCAAUCAAAAUGACUCCUCUGACUGAGAGUGUGGCAUUCAUCUACAUUUGUUGAUAUAUUUGAAGUAAAGUUGUUUACAUCAAAUUAAAAAACUGUUGGAGAUACCAUCAGCUGUUUAGCUGGAAGAUAUGUAUUUAGAUGAAGACCACGUGUACACAUGUUCGAGAUUGAACGCAACAAGACAAGAACUAAUAAUCGCCACUUGUUUCAAUCAUGAAAGAACUGUUAUUAAAUUGGAGAGCUAGUUUUAGUAUUUUAGAACAAAGCUAUUUAGAAAAUGGGUCCAGGUUACUAAUCCUAUUGGAAUAGAGAUAUUAUACCAUGUACAAUCAAGCAUAUUUUGCUUAGCGUGCUUCAGCAGCCAACUGAACUGUUAUACGCAGGCAGACUAACAUGCAGUCCCUGAAAUAACGUUCUACAUAUGGUCAAACAUAAAUCACUCUACAAGUAAAUGCACAAGUAUUAUAGGAACCCCCAAGUCGCUUGAUUUCAGCUGAGGAGGAGAAGUGUAUAUGCUGCUUGAGCUGAGAAUGGUAUGAGAUUUUAUGAAAUUUAUGCUCCAGGAGAGACAAAGAUGCAGGCUUAAACAGGAGUGAAGUUUGGUCAGUACACUAUGCAUACAGAACUUCUCAAAGUACGCUGUUUUUAGAAGAAAUGUCACAUUUUAUAUGUAUGCUUUUUAAGAUGUUUAGAUCUCUAAGAAAGAUCACCCACUACACCAAAGUCAUCAGUGUCAAACUGCAUUCUCGUCUACCUGGGGAGUGAGUGUACAAUGAAUGAUUGGUUAAAGGUGUAUCAUGUUUAUAAGAUGUCAGUCAGAUUCCUGUUUUCCACUUUGAUACUUGUACAAAUGACCCCCUUUAUAUUUUUUAUGCAUGUAGCUUAUGUUAUGCUCUGUUUUAAAAAUGAUCCAUGUUGUACUUGUGUUUUGCAGAUGCUUCAUACUUACCAUGGCUAUUGUUUCAUAGUUGUGAAGUGAUUAUCCAUAUGAAUUAACUGUGAUAUUUUUGCACGAAUGACUGACUUGCAUCAUACUCUAUAAGCUUGAAGUUAGACUUAUGUUUUACCCGGGAGCAGUGAGACAUGACCUUGACCCCUGAUGCCUGCUUAUUUCACUUUUGUACCUAUGCCCAUAUAUGGAUCCCAGUGCUGCAACUUUGUGUUAGAACUUCUUGGACUUUAAGUGGUGACGCUGUAGCCUAUCUGUCUUUAGCAAUAGUGACAACAGUGCCUUCGUAGACAACCUACACAUAUAAUAUUGAUUUACAUUGCCAAAUGAGGGCAUGGGUGGGCAAGUCAUCUGCAAUUUGCUGUACAGAGUUGUCAGAAACCUAUGAUCGUGGGUUCGAAUCCCAUAAUACCAAGAUCGCCCUGAUUAUGUUUCUAGGUUUGUCAACACCAUACCAGUGCUUGUGGGUUUCACCUAUUUGGUAACGGUCCGAGACCUGCAUCACUUCGGGCAUUCUUCCCACAAUAACCUGACAUGCCGUGAUACAGAAUUCUGAUCAAAGCGGCUUUAAACCCAAUUCACUCACUCACUCACUCACUGCAAAACAUUGUGCAGCAACAGACCUUCACAUUUUCAGAGCAAGUCAGUAGAUGAUUAUUAAUGAUUAUUAACAAAAUGAUUAACAUGAUUAACAAAAUGUCAUUGUACUAUUGGCCUCGUGGCCACAUAUACGAAAUAGAUCUGUCUGUCUGUCUGUCUUUAAAUGAUUAUAGAUGAUUAGAGACUGGCUCUGAUUAUUCGAUGAAGGUAAUGUAAAUUAUAGAAGACUCUUGUCCAAUCACAGAUUGCGGUUUGAUACAUUGCAGAGAGUGCAUCGUUUUAACAGAUUGUGAUGCAUGUUUCAAGCAGCAUAUUUAGUAGGAUUAGAAUACUUGAGCCAUAAUAUCAUCCAUCUCAUGAACUCUGUCAAAUAUUAUUCUAUACUUUGUCUAUUUUAUCAUCUGGAGUGAGAAUCAGUUGAUUCCAAGACUACAUGCAUUAUAUUGGACACCAGAAAACUUGCUCAGUCAGAAAAAUUUUGUUGACGCAAUUAUCAACAUCCUCCUCAUCAUCAUUAUAAGUUAAAGUGUAUGUUACUAAUGGAUAGUUGUUUGUUGAUGAGGUCACGUAUACAGUCAAGUCCCGUUAAUCCGACAUGGUUGGUUGCAUAUGAUUAUGUCGGAUUAACGAGUAUGUUGGAUAAACAAAAUUAAGUUGUAUCAGCGUUCGUGUAUGUGUUUGAUAAAUCCUGUUGAAUGAUAUAAACAGGUUUGUCGAGUAAUCUUGUACAAUGACUUACUAAGUUCACAUAUGUCUAUGUGACUUUUUAAAUUUUAAGUGAAAAGUUUUCCUGUGUAAUUUCUUGGUUUGACUUUGUUGUAGUAUAACUUUGUCAUGAAUUCUGGAAUAAAUCAGAUCAAUUGUCAUCAAGAAUAAUAUGGACGUAGCAUGUUUCCUUUUUACUCGUUUACAGCAACUUUUAUUCAUGAUAUUCUGAUGGGAAGGAAUAAGGCAAUAAAUAUAGGGAAAUAAGCGUCACUGUCAGCAUGGUCAGUACUGCUAAAAUAGCGCACAUACAAAUUCAACACUUGUCAGAAUCAAAUGUUGAGAUGUGUUUGUGUGCAUUGUUUCCAACGAGUUUUUGGUAGACAAAACCAGAACCCAUGAUAGCAUAUCAUUUUAGUCUAAAACUAAUGGUCCCCUUAUUCAUUUCCAUCAGUGUGUAUACAGUUAGCACUUGUGUAUUUCCAUAUUUCCUGUGCACCUUACAUUCCAUCAUCAGAUGAUGUAGAGACUGGUAUGGUCAGACGAAAUUAACCAAGAAACCACCCAAUCCACUUAACCAUCUCUCAGGACAAGGGUCACUGGGGUUUUUUUCUGACUUGGAAUCCCCUGUGAGUAUUUUUUACUGAAAAUAUGCUGUAAAUAAACCUGAUAAAAGAACA